AUGAACUCGACCCUAGAUGAGGGCGAGAGCUUCCUGCGCGGUGAAGACCAUGGCGAACAUGUGGGCGAGAUUGGCCAAGAGUCAGGAGCCCAGGACGACCACGAUGUGCCAGACAUAAUAGCGCCCGAACCACACGAGCCCGUGGAGAACAAGAUUGACGCACUUGAUGCAGUGCUCGAGGUAGAAAAUGGAGAUCAUCGUCAAAUCGAGGGAGAAGGAGGACUAGACAUGCCGGGAACAAAUGGAGCAGACAAUAUUCCACCGUCCAAUGAAGCGACCAAUGUCCUCAGUAUUGACGAUUCCGUUUCAACGCCCGAUGACACCCCAUCUGUACAAGACUCGGUGCUUUCCUCCCCUCGAAGUGAUGCAGCCUCAAUCCGCAGUCCCGCUCGCAGAGGGAGCCCCGCGACCAUCCACCGUCCCUUCGAUAUCCGGUUUCAAUCUCGCCUUUCAAGUUCCCAACUCUCACCUCUACGAUCGAGCUCGCCUGCAUUCCUUGGUGCCCAUUCCCGCCACUCCUCUGCCGCGAGCCAGGGUCUCCACACCCCUUCCGAGCCAGACGAGACCAUAAAUCCAUGGGAUGUGAUCAGGUGGAGCAAGUUUAGAAAGAUUACUGGGCAAGCAUUUUCGGAGAUCGGAAGAAGGAAUUUCGGAAGCCCAACAUGUCUGGCUGUGGCAGACCAGCUGGUGUUGGGGACGUCCAAAGGGGUUGUUCUGGUCUUUGACCAUUAUCAAAAUCACAAAGCAAUCAUCGGUAGCGGUACGAAAGCAGCAGAGAGUGGCGCGGUCACGGCCCUCGCAAUAUCUGCCGAUCAUACUACUAUCGCCGUCGGACACGAAACUGGCCACAUCUUUACCUGGGACCUGUCGAGACCUUCCAGACCCUUUCUACACAUCCAGCCCAUUGAGGCCUCUCAGCCUCAAGCUCGACGGGGAGACGGGCACAUAUUAGACAGCGCUGUUCUUCACAUCGGGUUCCUAGGCUACAGGCAUACUGCGCUUGUCUCGGCCGAUGACAAGGGUAUGGCAUUCUCGCACCUAGCAACUCGCGGAAUGGGAGCAGUUGGUCGCGUGGUCCGCACCACUCGAAUUCUAGGGCGGUACCCCGAGGUUGUGUCGCGAUCAUCCAAGCCAUCGAAGAAAAGCUCUGUCCUGGCAUUCUCUCCGUUGCCUUUGGGGAAUAUAGAGCAAAAGACAGAUAGCCUGGGACUCGUGGCCAUGUUGACACCAUAUUUGCUUGUCAUCGUCUCGACUACGCCUGUAGCACAGACCCAGCAUAAAGCUGCCCGUCCCAAAGAGGUAGCAGCGCACAGCGCAAUGACUGCGGCACUGGCUUGGUUUCCGGCGAUCAAACUCAAGUCUCAGGAUUCCGAAGUCUCAAAGACAAAGCUUGUUUAUGCCUGGUCCAACAUCCUCACGGUCUUGGAAGUUCAUGGCACCCAGGGAGACGACGCUACUGAAAAGAACAAACCCCCCGAACUACAGUUCCUGGCUCGAAGUCGUUAUCAAGCUGACGAGGCAAUUGUGGCUGUCCAAUGGCUCAAUAAAUCAGUGCUGGCUGUUCUGACCAUCACGCAACAGCUCCUCAUCAUCGAGGAUCUCACGAUGCAUGUGACUGAAGCCUUUGACCUUUUGAAGAAGAACAUAUAUCAUGCAGAUCUCUACUCACAGCAGCUACGAGCGAUCAUCGAACAGCUUGAUGAAGAGGACAUGUCCAUGCACGGUGUGGUUGCGGAUGCGUUUCACAUGAGCUUCCGGGCAUACAAGGGCAGGCUGUUCUUGCUCGGCUUCAAUGACGUUUGGACUGGCGUUCUGACAAAUUGGGCUGAUCGACUUUUGGCCAUGAUAAAUGUUGGCGAUUUCAUUGGCGCCAUCCGGCUCGCUACCAAGUAUUACCAAGGUGAAGGGGAACAGGUCACCAUUGGUCUACCUGAAGAAGACAAUGUUCGUGCAGGUGUCGUCAGGGAAAAGCUCGUCGAGAUGAUGACCGCCUCCUUGAAGUACGCCUUCGGCAAGAACCAACAAGCUGGGAGUGAUCAGAUCGAAAAGCCCCAAAUGACUGAGCUUGCAGACGCCUGCAUCAAAGCAUGUCUUGCCAUGGAGGAUCAGGAGUUUCUUUUCGAGGAAGUCUUCUCAUGGUAUGAGGAGCACGGCCACGGACCUUUAUUUGUGGAUGUUCUUGAACCGUACAUACUGGAUCAAAGGAUCACCUCAGUACCUCCACCCGCUUUGAAGACCCUGAUCAACCAUUUUGUCCAGACACACACCCCGUCGGUACUGGAAGAGAUCGUCUGCAUGCUGGAUACUUCCACAAUGGACAUUGAUCAAGUGACAACUCUCUGCAAACAAUAUGCUCUGUACGAUGCCUACAUUUAUGUCUGGACAAUGGCCUUCUGCGACUUCACGACACCCCUGAUGAUGCUACUCGAUUUGGCUGACAGUGAGGAUCUUCCACGUCAGCGAUCUGUCGACGUGGUUGACAGAUACAAUGUCGCCCAGAAAAUUUUCCCUUACAUCUCCUUUAUCUUGACAGGUCGCGUGUAUCCUACAGGAAAUCCUUUAGACGACGAGAACUCCGUGCAUGCCAAAGGCCAAGUCUACGACUUUUUCUUUUCCGGGGGCUCAGGUGCAAAUGGAGUGGCCAAAAGGAGGGGCGAUUCCACCUUGAAACCUGCGACCUCUUUCGAGCAUCUGUCUCGGGUACUUCAUUUCGAUACCGCAAGUUUCAUCGCGGCCCUGAAUGAGGCGUUCGAAGACAGCUAUCUCAACUCGGGUGGCGACGAUCCACCCAGUAGCCUCGACCGAAACCAAGCGACAGUAACGAGGACUUAUACUCGCCAAUACAUCGUUCGGAUAUUGUUAGAAGUGAUGUCGUCAGAGUUCGACUCUGAUGACACCAUAUAUUUGGACAUGUUCAUUGCGCGCAACCUUGCCAAAUAUCCUCAGUAUCUGGUACUGUCGGGAACAAUCCUACAAGAGAUCUUCAGUCGACUUUGUCGGUACCCGGAAGAUGACUUGCAAGAAGAUGCCGAGUUGAGCAUAGAAUACCUCCUUUCGGUCUACCAGCCACCAAACGUACUUGACUUUGUUCCGUUGCUCCAGGAAGCGAGGUUCUACCGUGUCCUCAAGUCUAUUUUCAAGCAAGAACGUCAAUAUGCUGAUAUGAUAUCAACGUUCUUCCUGGACAGUCACGACCAAGUUGGUGUAUUUGCCUGUAUUGUUGAAUUUCUCCGAUCAGAAUCAUCCAUCGUGAAACAACAGCGAGAAGACAUCAGAGAAACCAUCCGGAAGCAUGCCCUGGACUUAAUCAGCAUCGACGUCCAAAGAUGUGCCACCGCUAUUGACGAAGUCGCGCCGGACUUGCACUACGUCUUCCUGCAAGUUUUGACCGAAGAUCUUUUUGGGCAGUUUGAGUAUCUGAGAACGCUUUUGGAGCCCGAAGACCAUCUGCGCUCGCGUCGGAACUAUGACCAUGAGAUUAUGGAACUGUAUGUCCGCCUUCUUUGCCAGUUCGACCCUUCACACGUGAGAGAUUACGUGGAGAAGAUUAAAGAGGGCGACAUUCGGCUUGCGGAAGUUCUGCCAACAAUCGAAGACAGCGGCAUCAUUGACGCUGUAGUGAUCUUGCAGGUUCGACAAGGACAAGUGAAGGAAGCGAUGGAUCGGUUGACCAGGCACUUGGCCUUCUUGGGCUCAACCUUGAAGAGCUUGAAGUCAGAUUUUGUUGACCAGGCUGAUGAUGCAUCCGUCCAACAUCCGACGAUGAACUUACUCGAGUCAUUGGAAAAAUACACUCGAGUGGGCAUCUGGUUGUGCCAAGGGCAAAUGAAAAAUGCACCCAAGACACUGACCGUUUCUAAGUCGCCGAGAAGAUCUGCAAGUGCGACACGCGCAUUGUCUUUUGAGGAGAAUCUCUGGCUUGACCUUAUUCUCUGCGUGGUGUCGAUAGCUCGAGAUGUGUCGAUCCAUGUUCCACUGGACGAGGACACACAACCAGAGGGAAAUGGUCCGGAAACAACAAAAGCACUCCGAACAGUCAUUCAGCAGGUUUUCACUGCACUCCUAACAAGCACUACAUCUAUGCGAGAGGGAGGUUCCGGUCGAGACAUGUUUUUUUUGCGUAUCCUACGCGCAUUCCUCUCACAUGCUGCUGAAGCAAGCCCGUCUCUAUCGGAACUGCGGAAUGUGAUCAGUUCCAUCUUUUCAGCGUACGCAUAUGAGGAGUCACUUCUAGGCCUAUCGAAUUCGAUGCUAGAUAAGGAUUGUUUUGUGCGCUUGGAUGAAGUGGCCGCUCUCAGACAGCGGGGUUGGAGACCCCGAGGGCAGGUAUGCGAAGUCUGUCGGCGACGUGUUUGGGGGCCCGGCGUCGGCGAAAAGGUUUGGGAGCAAUGGCAGAAAAGAGAAGAAGCCCGACUCCUCCGCCGACGGCGGAUCCACGAGGGCGAAUCUGUGGUCGAAGACGAUGAUAGUCGAGGAAAAGGCAAAGCCACAGUCGGCGUGAACUCGCAAGAGCCAUUUGAGGCUGACAGUUCCGAUGUGGGCGUUGGACCUGCGGGAGAGCUUGGUCCCAUUGUGGCGUUUUCCUGCCGACAUCUGUACCACCAGAAAUGCCUGGGUCAGGCACGCAUGGAAGACGUCGUUCCUCAGUUAGCCUGCCCAGCCUGCGUAUAG